GAUGAAAACAGGUGACCGGAAGCGGUGGUGACGUAGCCGGAUAAUCGAAUUCUGAGCGGACACGUCAGUUUUGGGCGCAGGUGCCGGGUCCCGGUGUCGCCGCUGCCGCUGUUCUCAUCAUGUCGGACCUCGGGGACUGGUUCCGGAGCAUCCCGCUCAUUACCCGGUACUGGUUCGCCAGCUCCAUUGCUGUGCCCUUAUUUGGCAAGCUGGGCCUUAUUAACCCCAUGUACCUGAUCCUGUGGCCGGAGUACUUCCUGCACAAGUUCCAGAUAUGGCGACCGAUCACCUCUACGUUUUAUUUCCCGGUUGGACCUGGUUCAGGGUUUCUUUACAUGGUGAACUUGUAUUUCCUGUAUCAGUAUUCGACCAGACUGGAAACAGGUGCGUUUGAUGGACGACCGGCAGAUUACAUCUUCAUGCUCCUCUUCAACUGGAUCUGUAUUGUCAUAACUGGAGUAAUAAUGGACAUGCAGCUGCUGAUGAUCCCGCUGAUCAUGUCUGUUCUGUACGUCUGGUCCCAGCUCAACAGGGACAUGAUCGUGUCAUUUUGGUUUGGAACAAGAUUCAAGGCUUGUUACCUACCCUGGGUCAUACUGGGAUUCAACUACAUUAUUGGAGGAUCAAUCGUCAAUGAGCUUAUUGGGAAUUUAGUCGGACAUCUUUACUUCUUCCUAAUGUUCAAGUAUCCUAUGGACCUUGGCGGCAGGAACUUUCUGUCCACACCUCAGAUUCUGUACCGUUGGUUCCCAAGCAGAAGAGGCGGCGUAUCGGGAUUUGGCGUCCCACCACCAAGUGCCAGACGAGCAGCAGAUGAUCAAGCAGGAGGCGGAGGGCGGCACAACUGGGGUCAAGGGUUUCGGCUGGGAGAACAGUGAGGACCCCACGAGCCACAUACGAUACAGAACUUUUUUCUUUUAUAAAUCUUUUAUUUGUAACUUUCUGAACUGUUGAACUUAACUCGUAAAAGACCUUUAUGCAAGAAGAAGGCAGGAAGUGCAGGAGACGGUUGACCCAGCCCCGGCGCCACGUCAUCCUCCACGGGCUGGACUGCCUCUCCGCUGCUUCCAUUCGCGCCAAAAACUUCACGUAUCCUGGGGGAAACAGAAAUGAGAUCAACAAAGUGUUAUGGGGCUUCGCUCAUUUACAUUUCCUCCCGGUAUGUCAUUUGCGCACAGGACGCAAUGCUCUGCAGGUUCCAGCGUGAGCAGAUAGGACGGACUGCAGAAGAAGAAACAACGUUCUUUCAGUCAUUGUAAGGAGUUAAAAACUGAAAUUUGUUUAAAAAAAAAUUAAAAUGUAUUUAAUUGAA